AAACCCAAGCUUUAGUCAAGCCCCUCUAUUUCCCCUUUCAAUCUUCCCUCCCUUUCCUCCCUCCUUUUGCAGCCACCACCACACACAAAAACUCAAAAAAAUUCCAUCCGACUGCCUAUCCAUGGCCGCAGCCGACCCAAUUCAGUUGCAGCAACUCGCCUUUCUCGUCGGGCCCGAUCCUACUCACUUUGAAACCUUAGUAAACCACCUCAUGUCUUCCUCCAAUGAAAAACGUUCUGCAGCUGAGUCUCUCUUCAACAUCUGCAAACAAGCUCACCCUGACUCGCUUGUACUCAGACUUGCUCAUCUCCUGUCAUCCUCCGCUCUUCCUGAGGUUCGUGCCAUGUCCGCUAUCCUCCUGCGCAAGCACCUCACCCGCUCGACUGCCAACGAUGACGCAUUCCUCUACCCCAAGCUUAACGAGUCAACUCGCUCUGCAAUUAAGAACAUACUACUCUCUUCUCUGCAGCGAGAGACUACAAAAUCGAUAAUUAAAAAGAUUAAUGAUACGGUUUCAGAGCUUGCUGCCUCUAUUUUGCCAGAUGGCGGGUGGCCUGAGCUGUUGCCGUUCAUGUUCCAAUGCGUGACGUCACAAAAUCAUAAUCUCCAAGAAUCGGCGCUUUUGAUCUUUGCGCGAUUGGCUCAGUUUGUUGGCGAAACCCUAAUUCCGCAUUUGAGCACUCUUCAUGAACUGUUUUUGAAUUGUUUAAGUGAUUCAACGAGUGCUGAUUUGAGAAUUGCGGCUUUAAACGCAACAAUUAAUUAUAUACAAUGCUUAUCGAAUAAUAAUGAUCGCGAAAAGUUUCAGGAUUUGUUGCCAUUAAUGUUGCGGACUUUGACCGAAGCAUUAAAUAGCAAACAAGAGGCAACGGCCCAAGAAGCGCUUGAAUUGUUGAUUGAAUUGGCAGGGAGCGAGCCGAGAUUUUUGAGGAAGCAAAUAGUGGAGGUGGUAGGCUCCAUGUUGCAAAUAGCGGAGGCGGAGAGUUUAGAGGAAGGGACGAGGCAUUUGGCUAUAGAGUUUGUAAUUACACUAGCUGAGGCGAGAGAGAGGGCACCUGGGAUGAUGAGGAAGUUUCCGCAGUUUGUGCAUAAACUGUUUAUGGUGUUAAUGACGAUGUUAUUGGAUAUAGAAGAUGAGCCGGUGUGGCAUAGCGCAGAGAGUGAGGAAGAGGAUGCUGGGGAGACUAGUAAUUAUGGGUUUGGGCAGGAGUGUUUGGACAGGCUAUCGAUUUCUCUUGGUGGGAAUUGUGUGGUUCCAGUUGCUUCUGAGGUUUUGCAGGGCUUCUUGGCAGCUUCAGAGUGGGAGAAGCAUCAUGCUGCACUCAUUGCACUGUCACAGAUUGCCGAGGGUUCCUCAAAGGUAAUGAUAAAGAGCCUUGAGCAGAUAGUUUCUAUGGUUUUAAACUCAUUCCAAGAUCCCCAUCCCCGUGUGAGGUGGGCUGCUAUAAAUGCAAUUGGACAAUUGUCAACUGACCUGGGCCCUGAUUUGCAAAUAAAGUAUCAUCAGCGUGUGCUUCCUGCUUUGGCUGGUGCAAUGGAUGAUUUUCAGAAUCCUCGAGUUCAGGCUCAUGCUGCUUCAGCAGUACUUAAUUUCAGUGAGAAUUGUACUGCAGAGAUACUGGCACCAUACUUGGAUGGAAUUGUGAGCAAACUUCUUAUACUCCUCCAGAAUGGCAAGCAAAUGGUACAAGAGAGUGCCCUGACUGCUUUAGCAUCAGUUGCUGAUUCAUCACAGGAGCAAUUUCAGAAAUAUUAUGAUGCUGUAAUGCCGUUCUUAAAAGCUAUACUGGUGAAUGCAAAUGAAAAAUCUAAUCGCAUGCUUCGUGCGAAAGCUAUGGAGUGCAUUAGUUUGGUUGGGAUGGCUGUUGGAAGGGACAAAUUUAGGGAUGAUGCUAGGCAGGUUAUGGACGUCUUGAUGUUGCUUCAUGGAUCUCAAAUGGAAGCAGAUGAUCCAACAAUAAGCUACAUGCUACAAGCAUGGACCAGGCUUUGCAAAUGUCUUGGGCAGGAUUUUCUUCCGUAUAUGAAUGCUGUCAUUCCCCCUCUGCUUCGGUCUGCACAGCUUAAGCCCGAUGUAAUCAUUUCUUCUGCAGAUUCAGAUGUUGAUAUUGAUGAUGAUGAUGACAGCAUCGAAACAAUCACUCUUGGGGAUAAAAGAAUAGGGAUCAAAACUAGUGUUCUGGAGGAAAAAGCUACAGCAUGUAACAUGCUUUGCUGCUAUGCUGAUGAAUUGAAGGAAGGAUUUUUCCCAUGGAUUGAUAAGGUUGCCACCACACUGGUUCCUCUCCUUAAGUUUUAUUUCCAUGAAGAAGUAAGGAAGGCAGCAGUUUCUGCUAUGCCGGAACUGCUACGUUCAGCAAAGCUAGCUAUAGAGAAGGGUCAAUCUCAUGGACGGAAUGAGCUGUAUUUGAAACAAUUGUCUGAUUACAUUCUACCAGCUUUGGUGGAGGCUUUACACAAGGAGCCAGAGGUGGAAAUUUGUGCAUGCAUGUUGGAUUCAUUGACUGAAUGCGUGCAGGUUUCUGGACGCCUUUUAGAUGAAAGUCAAGUAAGGUCCAUUGUGGAUGAGGUGAAACAGGUCAUCACAGCCAGCACAGCCAGGAAACAGGAAAGAGCAGAGAGGGCCAGAACAGAGGACUUUGAUGUAGAAGAAGGGGAGUUACUAAAGGAAGAAAAUGAGCAAGAAGAAGAGCUCUUUGAUCAAGUUGGUGAAUUACUGGGUGCGCUAGUUAAGACCUUUGAGGUCUCUUUCUUGCCUUUCUUUGAUGAGCUCUUAUCUUACAUAACAGCUAUGUGGGGUAAGGAUAAAAGUGCAGAAGAAAGGAGAAUUGCUAUUUGUAUAUUUGAUGGUGUUGUGGAGGAAUGCCGGGAAGCAGCUCUUAAAUAUUACGAUACUUGUCUUCCUUUUCUUUUGGAGGCCUGCAAUGAUGAAAAUCCAGAUGUUCGUCAGGCAGCUGUUUAUGGGGUUGGUGUUUGUGCAGAAUUUGGUGGAUCUGUGUUUAAACCACUUGUUAGGGAGGCUCUUUCUAAGCUGAAUGUUGUAAUAAGUGAUCCUAGUGCGCAUCUUUCGGACAAUGUGAUGGCGUAUGACAAUGCUGUUUCAGCGCUUGGAAAAAUAUGCAAGUUCCAUCGGGAUAGUAUAGAUGCAGCACAGGUGUUCCCUGCUUGGUUAAGCUGCUUACCAAUAAAAAGUGAUUUAAUUGAGGCCAAGCUUGUGCAUGACCAGCUUUGCUCAAUGGUUGAAAGGUCAGAUAGGGAACUUUUAGGGCUGCAUAAUCAAUAUCUUCCCAAAGUUGUCCAUGUUUUUGCUGAGGUCAUAUGUGCAGGUAAAGACUUGGCAACAGAGCAAACUGCUAGCCGAAUGAUUGAUCUAUUGAGGCAACUUCAGCAGAUGUUACCGCCUGCCACCCUAGCAUCAACUUGGUCAUCCUUGGAGCCACAGCAGCAACUUGCCUUGCAAUCUAUUCUGUCUUCUUAAUUCCCUGGAGAUAAUGGAAUGCCGUAAUCAUUUCCUUGGUGAAGCCGCACUUCCUUAAUCUUCUUCCAUUUUUGGCCAUGCCAUUGUUCCUCCUUGGAAGGAGCUGUCCAGUGAUCGAGUUGCUUAGUGGUGGUGGGCACGUCAUUGUUUUUAGGAUGCCUUUAUAUUUUGUGCAUACCGUGUGCAUAUUAGUAUGUGUUAAUAUCUUCCUUUUUUUCCCCCAUCAACUGUUACUGUGAAGAAAUUUCUAGAGUGGCUCUUCAUUUGAUGUGGAGGUAGGAUUUGUAUAUUAUGAGUGCUAUCCAUUGAUUGGAGUGAAUAGGAAUUUAUCAAAAUUUACAGCUCAUGGAUGUCCAAGUUGGUGUGACGGAGGUUGAGGGACUGAGGUUUGUGCGUGGGCUAUUUUUGUUACACAACUGGUGGAAAUGGUUCAUACAUAUAUAUAUUCAUAUAUAUAUUCAUUUGGUAGAAGAGUGUGUAUCAUGCUACUCAAUUUUCUGUUCCAGUACUGUUGAAUUCACUAUGAAUUCUUCGAAUUUCUAAUUUUUCUUUUGGCUUUUUGAGUUGUAUCCCAUAAGACUAGGUUUUUAUUAUUCUUGGAAUUGAUGAGAUUCCAAUUUGAGUGAUGUGGAAAGUUAAGCAUAUUUAAUGUAAUAUUUAUAUUACUAAACAGGUGUAUAUAUAAAUAUAUUUCUAUUUAGGGGAUUUGAUAUAUUUUAUUUA